CAUGUAUUUCCUCGUCUACAUCACGAGAUAUCUCGAUCUCUUCCAAACCAAUAGUAUCUACAACCUCCUGUUCAAGAUCGCCUUCAUCGGCUCCCAGGGCUACAUCCUCUAUCUCAUGACCAACGCGUACAAGCCCACCAAUGACCCGAACCUCGACACCUUCCGCGUCGAGUACCUCCUGGGCGGGGCGGCCGUCCUGGCCAUCGUCUGGCCCUACAAGUACACCGUGUCCGAGAUCUUCUGGGCUUUCUCCAUCUGGCUCGAGUCCGUCGCCAUCCUCCCGCAGCUCUUCAUGCUGCAGCGCACCGGGGAGGCCGAGACCAUCACUACCCAUUACUUGGCCGCCCUCGGCCUCUACAGGGCUCUCUACAUCCCCAAUUGGAUCUAUCGAUACGUCGCGGAGGAGAACCAUAAGGUGGACUGGAUCGCUGUCAUCGCCGGUAUUAUCCAGACCGUCAUGUACAGCGACUUCUUCUGGAUCUACUACACCAAGGUCAUGAAGGGCAAGAAGUUCAAGCUGCCCGUCUAGAGAAACAUGUUUGGAAAGUCCUCUCGUCGUUCCGAGCCUGGGAAGGAGAUUUCGUGGCCACCACGGAGGGGAGAGUCCACGGGGCAAGAGCAGAGGAAGGAAAGAAGAGAGUGAGCAUGCAGAGUGACGAGAGAAACCAGUCCUGUGUGCGUGUAUAUGUGUGAGAGAACGUCAGAGGAGGCCAUCGGACACCGCCAUCACCACCCUUAAUAACUGGAAACCACCGUGGCCUGGCGGAAAUGUCUCUCUGCGUGUCAAGGGAGCUAGCUGGCUGGCGGUCGGGCGGCCUGCCUGUCGACACAAGAAAAACCAGGGGUCGCAUGCAUGAUGACGGCGUUCAAGGGGUCAAGGAGCUCGGGAAACGGGAAUGAUCCAGGCUUCGCGAUACAGUGCGCAUGCGGCAAACCUGAUGAUGAUGGGCAGUUAUUUGGAUUUCUUUUCUUCUUUGUCUGUUUCUCAAGAAAAAAACAAAAGAAGAAAAAUGAUUAUUUAUCGUAGUUGAUGGAUCAAUGGGAGCAAGAUUUAGAUCUC